AUGAAGUUAUGGAAGUUUGCUGCCAUCGGCCUGAUUCUCUGUGGUGCUGCACUCCCCCUGCUCGUCCUUAAAGCCACGCCCUCUUCCAAAGCCCCGCCCCUUCCUUCAUCCUCAUCAUCUUCACUUACAGUCAGUAAUUCAUCCUCUUCCAUUGAGUUUGGUGGGCGACAACGGAGAACCAGAUCAGCAGACGGAGAAAACUCUCUUGUCUCAGAAUUCAUGGAGAUGUUCCAGAGUUUCACGGAGGGCGAGCUGAAGCAGGUCAUCGGGACGCUGGUGGAAAGAAAAGCCCGCAGAGAUGCCCAGCUGAGCAAAAGGACUAAACGGGCAAAGAAAGGAUCCAAACCCUGCUCGCUGCGGAAGCUGGUGGUGACAGUCAGCCAGCUGGGGAUUGCCUUUGUCAGCGAUGAGACCAUAGCCUUCCAUUACUGCAGUGGCGAGUGCAACGCUAGCCGUAAAAACUAUGACUUUGUGCUGGAAGCCAUGAAGAAGAAGGGGCUGCUCCGAAAAAACAAGGCUCGCCACAGACCCUGCUGUCGGCCUACAGCGUAUGAGGAGGACUUUCUUUUCCUUGAUAACUCCUUUCAGUACAAGACCAUCCAUGAGUUUUCAGCUAAAGCGUGUGGAUGUAUCUGA